AUGAAUAUAGAUGAUUCAGCAGCAUCCAGCGACGAUGAGGUCCCCCUGAACCCUCCGCCUUCUACAUUCCCUCUACCCUCGCUUCAGCCGAAGUACGAUACCUCCGAGCUCGCUUUUAUCGCGACGAUAUUACCGCACCAGGUAGGAUUACCCGUCCACGAAGGUGUCUUACUAAUGAAUAUAGAUGAUUCAGCAGCAUCCAGCGACGAUGAGGUCCCCCUGAACCCUCCGCCUUCUACAUUCCCUCUACCCUCGCUUCAGCCGAAGUACGAUACCUCCGAGCUCGCUUUUAUCGCUGUGAAUACCUUUGCAAAGCCGUACGGUUAUGCUUUAACCAGGAAGCGAUCGAAGACGACCAAAAAGGGCGUGAUGAAGACAGUUCGGCUUGGCUGCGACCGCGGAAGAAGAUAUAUAGGCCAUACAAGGGAAGAGAGGAUCCGGAAGACUUCAACGCUUGCGAAUCAGUGUCCAUUCAGUAUGUCGGUCCGGCUUGAUCUACAGUCCGAUACCUGGUAUCUCACUGUUGAGGAUGAGACACAUAACCACCUCCCUUCGCCUGGUAUAACUCAUCCAGUCCAUCGACGGCUUGAGUACGUUCGCAAGGCUAUCUGGAUCCAUGAUCUUAUUCGACAGGGUAUUCACCCUCGCCAUAUCAUCACGACACUCCGAAACGACGACCCUGAUUCAACGAUACAGCCCCGUGAUAUCUAUAAUAUUCGAGGGAGGCUUAUCAGAGAGUAUUUGAAUGGUCGUACGCCUAUUCAAGCCCUGAUGGAAGAGCUUCCGAAAGGAGGGAACUGGAUCUUCAAGUACGAGGUCGACGAACAGCAUCACAUCACCGCCUUGUUCUGUAUGCACCGGACCAGCCUCGCGAUGCUGAAGCAUCAUCCCUGGGUUAUCUCGAUGGACUGCACAUACAAGACGAACCGGUUUGGGCUACCAAUGCUUGAUAUUGUUGGCUUUACACCAACCGGUGCGACAUUCCACGUGGCCCUAGCAUUCAUCCAAGACGAGAAGCAAGAGACCUACACGGUUAUUCUACGCUGUCUUGCAGAGGCCUACGACUCUCUCGGGCUGGCCUAUCCACGUACAAUCUUGACAGACAAGGAAAAAGCGCUUAUCAAUGCUAUACGGCAGGUCUUUCGGCUAACAAAUAUCAUGGUCUGUCUGUGGCAUAUCAACAUGAACAUCAUGAAGAAGGCCAGACCACUACUCGGAGACCAAAUCGCUAUCGCUCGUAGAGAUAAUAUCUCUACCAGGCCUAUGACGAAGGCCCAGAUGGAUAAAGAGCUUCGUCAGAUGGUUGAUACAGGAUGGAAGAAGAUGCUACAGGGCUGGAACCGCAUCGUCUAUGCUGAUUCAGUAAGCGCUUUCCAGACAUCCUGGACCUGGUUCCAGGCCCAGUAUAGCGACCCUAUCUUUUUACCUAUCCUACAAUACAUCGAGGAUGAGUGGUUAAACGACUGUCCGGAACAGUUCCUACAUAUCCACACGGCGCACUAUCUCCAUCUACAUGAGAGUGCCACUUCUAGGACUGAAAGCGCGCAUUGGCUUUUAAAGCGCGAGCUACAAUCAUCAACAAACGACCUUCUUGUCGUCCUACAGUCAUUCGAACGCGCCCUGAACCGUCAUUAUGCUGAUAUUCAGUAUCGAAUCGAGACGGAGAGAGCUAAGAUACCAACCAAGAUCAACCCACUCGUCUCUUUAUUGGCGCGGCGCAUCUCUCUAAAUGCGAUACAGUCUGUGGAAGCACUAAUAAAACGAUAUCUUCCUAAGGGAGCAGACGGUAAACCACCUAUCCCAUCAUCCUGUGACUGCAGAUCAAAGGAGACCGCGGGAUACCCAUGUAUCCACUUGAUCAUCCAGUACCAGCAAGAGAACAGAAGCUUCGAGCCCUCAGACUUCCAUGAGCAGUGGCAUUUGUACGAGCUUGGCAAAGCACCCCCUAUUGAACCUCUUCUCUUGAUCCAGGACCCUCUGCCUGUUCGACGCCGUGGAAGGCCACCUGGAGCUACCAACCUCAUACGGUCUUCCCAGGCGUCGAGCACGCAACAGAGCACACAACAGAGCACACAACAGAGCACACAACAGAGCACACAACAGAGCACACAACAGAGCACACAACAAAGCACACAACAAAGCACACAAGACAUAACAUUUGACAGGUCCACCCAGCGAGAGCCAUCGGCGUUCGAGCCCCAGCGUCGUCCACCACCUCGUCGACGCCCAGGGCGCCCUCCACCAUCAGCACAUAACCACGGACAAAUACAGGGUGGAGAUCGGGGUGAUAUAAGGGGUGGUAGAGGCCGCGGAGGUCGGGGAUAUCGUGAAGGGCGUGGAGGCGCGGUCGCCUCCACCGCUGGAGAUCGGAGGGUCCUGCGUAGUAGUCAGCGUAGUCAGAGAGGUGCUGAGUAA